AUGGAUGAUGAAUUAAAUAUAACACAUAUAACCAUUGAUGGUUAUGUUGAUCUUAAGAGAUUCGGAUAUCUAUAUUUUUUAAUUAUGGUUGCACUUUAUGUUUUAAUAAUUAUAAGUAAUUCAGUGAUUGUCUUCCUAAUCUGCAUUCAUCACAAUCUCCAUGAACCCAUGUACAUUUUUAUUGCAGCUUUGUCAGUGAACUCUGUUCUCCUGAGCACUGUGACCUACCCAAAACUCUUUGUUGAUGUGUUAUCUGAAAAACAGAUUAUUUCUAUUUCAGCAUGUCGAUUUCAGCACUUCAUGUGUUACUCAAUAGCUGGUUCUGAUUUCUUACUGUUAUCAGCAAUGGCAUUUGACAGAUAUGUGUCUAUAUGUAAGCCUUUAAAGUAUCCAGUCAUCAUGAGACAAACAACCAUCAAUACUUUGCUAUUCUUAUCUUGGUUUGUGCCUGGUCUUCAAAUUGCAGUGUUGCAUACAUUAGUUCUUAAUAAUAAACUCUGUAAUUUCACUUUGAAAGGAAUCCUUUGCAAUAAUUCAUUGUGGAAACUUUACUGUGAGAGCCCACGAGCAACAUUAAUUUAUGGUUUAGUUGUGAUGCUAAGUGUUGUUAUUUUUCCUGUGUUUUUCAUACUUUUCACCUAUGCAAAGAUUUUUCUAAUAACCUACAGAAGCAGUAGAGCUAUCCAGAAAAAGGCAGCAGAGACCUGCUUACCUCACCUGUUUGUUUUAAGCAUUUUUACUACUUUGUGUGCAUAUGAUGUCAUUAUAGGUCGAUUAGAACUAGAUUUUCCAAAAACUGCACAAUUAAUAAUGACUUUGCAAGUGAUUUUUUAUAACCCUCUCUUAAAUCCGUUUAUAUAUGGUCUGAAAAUGAAAGAAAUCUCUAAACACCUAAAAAGGUUGUUUUGUCAUGUCAGGUGUAGCUAA